AUGAAUCUUGAAUUCACUGUAACAGAAACGAUAAUCCGUGAUUCUGGCGCAAUUAGUGAAAUUCAAUAUGAAUUUGAAGAAUUUACAUAUGAAACUGUAUCUGUUGGUAUGACUAGUAAAAGAGAAAAACGUAGUCGAGUAUAUGAUGCUACAAUAAAACGACAAGAUUACAAUAUAUUAACUCGUCACCAUCAUAAUGCAUUAUCAUUUGAUGAUUUUAUUCUUAUUUUACGUCCAUUUAUGUUGGGAUAUUAUCAAAAUACUCAAUUAGAAAUAUUAUUUCAAAUUUUGGAUAAAAAUCAAUCUGGUUCAAUCGAUAUUGAUAAUUUAGCUGGUUUUUUACCAAUUAUUAAUGAAUAUGCAACUAUGGAUACUUUGAAAAACUACAUUAGAAAAUGUGAUUUUAAUACUGAUGGACAUUUAACUUAUGAUGAAUUUCGAUCACUUAUAUUGAAAGAUAAUUUAAUAACAAAUUGGAUUGAAAAUGAAGAUGAUGAAGAAAGUCAAUCAUCAAUUGAUUUAGAGCUAUUUUAUAAAAAAUCUCAAAUAAAUAUAAAUGAUCAAGAUGAAGAUAGUUUACAACUUGAUAAUGUUCAACGUUUAUCAACAAUGAAACAUAUUAUUUUUCUUGAUUUAGAAAAUUUUUCAAGAUUUUUUCAACAUUUAACAAAUCAGUUACCUGAUCACACUUAUGUUAUGGCUUUUCAAGCUUCAAAUAUUCAAUGGAGACCACCAAAAAAUGAUAUUGUUUAUGAUAAUUUAUUAAAUUUAAAUAAUUUUCAAUUAAUGCGUCCAAGUGGAAAUCGACAUGAUGCUGCUGAUUUUGCUCUUGUUCUUACUUUUGGUAAACUUCAUGGUCUUCUUCCUAAAUCAAUUCCAUUUACAAUAAUUAGUGGUGAUAAAGGUUUUAUUGAAGUAAUUCAUCAAUUAAAAAAUUCUCAUCGAAGAAUAAACUGGUUUAAUCCUCAUCAAUUUUCAUAUGAAAAUUUUAAUCAAAUUUUAAAUAUUUCAUCAACAUCUUCUUUAAAUCUUUAA